AUGGAUCCUUCACAAAACCACAACUUCUUUCCAAAUUACUUCCCAAAUCAAGCUCAAAACCCAAAUAUACAACCUUCGAACCAAAACAUUGAACGUCCGGAAGAUCCCAUGAAUACCGGAAUCCAUCCUAAUAUUCCACAACAAUAUAUGAUGCCACCCAACUUUGGCAUGCAAUACCCGUAUAACCAUCAUUAUAUGCCUUAUGGCUAUCCACCUAUCUCUGGAAAUAACUUUCAUGUCGCUCAUACCAACUAUCCAAACAGUGAACAACCAAAUAAUUUAAACACACAACGUUUCAGUAGUGGUUCAACUGAUAUUCCCGAAUUUUCUACACAAAUAUCUCCAGGGGAUGUUGAUGGGAAUACCCAAACCACUUUUCUUGCUCCAACCCAACAAUCAACCCGAAAAUCAUACGAUCCUUGGAGCACGGAGGACAACAAAGCUUUACUAAAUGGUUAUUUCCAUUUUAGUAAUGAUAGUGAAUUGGGGAGGAACCAAAAGGGCGACACUUUUUGGGGUAAAAUUGCAGAAUUUGUAAAUGACAAGUUUGAAGGUGAGAAACCAAGGAGUGUAAUACAAUGCAAAAGUCAUUUUCGAUCCAUCAAUAAAAAAAUCGCAAGUUUUAUUGGUUAUUAUAGUUCAGCAUGCAGAACUAAGUGUAGUGGUUGGUCCGAUGAUAACUACGUGGAAAAGGCUUUAGAGUUGUACCGCGAUAAUGAAAAGCAAAGGUUUUCCUUGUUGGAAGAGUGGAAGAUGGUCCGUGACCAACCAAGAUAUAUGGUAGGAGCAAAUGAAUCUGGAAGUAGUGGAUCAAAGAGAAAAAGUGGAGGUGAUGAAGUUGAAUCCUCAGCUCCAUCCAUCAUACGUCCAGAAGGUAGGGACGCAACAAAGAAGAAAGCCAGAAAAACAUCAACUUCGAGAAAAUCAAAGGCUGAAAUUAAUGAGGAGUUAUCUAAUGUAUCCUCCACUCUUGAAAAAUUUGAAGAAAGGAGGGCUAGUACUGCUUCAGCUAUGUUGGAGUAUGCCCGUGUUAGGAAGUUGGAGAUGUUGAUGUCCUUGAAGAAUAAAGAAGAGCGUGAUGUUGUGGACGAGAAUACUUAUCAGAUGUUAUUGAGGGAAUUGUUCCCAAACUAA